CAAUGAACCAAUUCCUUCCAUGCAGCGAUCAGCCUGCCAAACCCACUAAAUGCACAACAGUCACUCAGGCACCUUACACAGAACUCCAACAUGCUUUCAAUCUAAACUUUACAUUUCCCAGGUGUGUUAACUUAACUGGGCUUUCCCCAGUAUCACGUACCAUGUCGGAAGACCAUCAAUUUGUAUCUGUAUUUAUAUAAUAUAAAAAAUAAAUGGCAUGUUAGUUUUAUGCACGUCCAUCCAUCCAUUAUUGUAACUGCUUAAUCCCCACUGGGGUCAUGGGGGGAGGGGCGGAGCCUAUCCCAGGAACCCUGGGUGGGCACCAACACACCACAGGGCACACACACUCACCCAUCUACGGGGCCAAUUUAGACGCCAAUCAGCCUGCCCUGCAACGAACAUGCAAACUCCACACAGAAAGGACCCAGGAUUGAUCCACUGUGCCACUACCAACCCUGUCUUGGGCAUCUAUAUAUGUUUAUUUUAUGCAUGUAUAUGUAUGUUUUUCACCUAAAACCUAGUGCUUAGGGCCAUACACUCAAAGAAAUCUCCCGCCACAACAAUCAGAAAGAGUCUUAUCUGUAUGGGAGGGCUGUGACCUGAUUCUGUGAUAGUCGAGACUCCACCUACUUUGUUGUUAUUGAAACUGGCCCUGACACCAAACAGAAUGCCGGUUGCAGUCUGUCGUGCUGUUGAUUACGCUUGAUGAAUGUGUUACAGUGUCUCAUCCGUCAGGUGUUACACAGUACAGAUGUUUGCAGGAUCUUAAUUAGAAGCUUCUGUCCUCUUGGGAUUCAAGGCUUGUAUGGGCAGCUUAGGUGCAGCAUGGUUACUGAAUUCCAGGAAAGUUCUGGGAUUGUUUCUAGGUUAGGAAUAGUUAUAAGGAGAAUUGAAAACGUGACUUAAAAACUGGGUCACCAGAAUUAGGUCUGAGAGUUAAUUACCUAUGAAUAUGUAAAUCAGCUCAUGCAGAAACAAGUCUUUCAGGACGUAAUGCAACACUGCCCGAAUGCUUGUGGGGAAGCGUCCUUUCAUCUACCCAUUUCCCCCAAACUGUCCCUGCAGCUUACAAACCACCUAGAUCAGCGUUUUAUUUGACCGGAGCUGAUGCUGCUGUCGUGCGGGGAAGGGGGGAGGGGGCGUGCCUCUAGCAGCAGGGUGAGAUUUGAUGAAGCUCCCCUUUUACCGUACGGAGCCUGAGGAGGAAAACCAGCAUGUCAGGCCGCUGCUCAGUGUUUCGGGCUUAGUGAUCGUGCUUUAGAGGGAUAUCCGGCUCCUUUCCCGGUAGCAUAGGGCUUCUCCGGGCUCCCUUCUCGUCGCCAUUGCGCAGCCCCGGCCAGGUAGGUCGCGCAGAAAGCGCUGCGAUCGCAGCUGCUGUAGGAAACGCGAAAGCGCCCAUGAUGCCUCCCAGCAUUUCAUCACCAACAUCUUCCCGACUCUUCGCCACGGUUCCUCCGGAAUAUUUUUACCCGUAAAUCGUUAGUUUACUAUAUAUAUAUUAUCCGACGGUAACCUUCAACGUCGCGGGUAUUUUAAUUGCUAUACGGCGAAGUGGGAAAGCAAUGUUCUUAUGUUCAUUUUUAUUGUGCCUGUUUUUUCCCUGUGCAAUUGCGAGGAGGUUAACGCAGGCGACUAGUGAAGUUUUUUUGAAGGACCACACGCCAAAUAAGUUCCUUGGUCGACACCUGUUGUUCAAUAGUCUGGACUUUGAACUUUUCAUUGCUGGGGACCUGGAACGGGAGUGUUUGGAGGAGGUCUGCACUUAUGAGGAGUCCCGGGAGAUCUUAGAGAAUAUUCCGGAAACAGAUGCUUUCUGGCAGCACUACAUCAAGGGCCACGUUAACCGCCCGUCGAAGCUGGACGUGCCGGCUCUCCUGAUUGGCGUCAUUGCGGCCAGCGUGGCUAUCGUCAUCAUCGCGCUGCUCUGGUGCUGCCGUCCAAAUGCGAUGAGAUGGAAGAUUGACAGGUCUUCCCGGGCCCGUCCUCGGCGGAGCAACGCCUCCCUCAUCAUCCGCCGCCUGGAGGAGCUCUCCAUGCAGCCUGUGCGCCCCCAGCAGGAUGAGCUCGCCCCUGACUCUUCUGGCUUGCCGACCUACGAGGAGGCCGUCGCCAGCUCUGGGCCCCAAGAUGCCCCCCCCCCUCCGUACCCAGGAUCGAAGCCUGGGACCUUCCAACGGUAGAAUCUACCAGAAGACAUUACUUCCCUUGGGCUUCCAGAAGGUUCCCCUCUGGUUCAGUUUGGUGAAGACACUCGGACUGCGUCUUGCUGUCUCUGUACAGUGUGUCCUCUCUCAGUCUCUGCGAUGUUUGGUUAUUGUUCAGUUGAGAUAUUGCUUUACAGAUUUUCAUAAUGCUAAAUGUGCUUCAUAAUGGCUGUAGUUAGCCAUUAGCACAUUUACAAUAAACGUUUCUGGGUUUAUCUUUAUUUUUUAUGUGGGGAAUAAUUCUUCAGAUACAGUAUAAGUGGUAUUUAAUCAUAAAUAACAUUAUUUAUUUGCUGAGUUGCAUCGAAGAGCAACAAAAACCUGUUACUUAUUUAAGUUUGGCUCACAGAGUAGGACACUCUCCGUAGUGUACACUGUAAGACAGCCUGUUAGAAUGUUGGAUAACCAUUUUACAGGCCUCACAGAGGGGGACACCACCUGACCCAGAACCCACAUUUACUUUCUGCAGGCCAAGGCGUUGUGAUGAACGUGGUGGAGCUGCUUUUAAUCACAUCUGUGUUAUUCCCAUGGCUUUACUUCUCUACUGAAGGUAUUAACAAUGAAGAUCAUGGACAGUUUCAAAGGAAGCUGUUUUCCGCCAGGCAGUGUGGUUCAAAUUCAGCUUUUACACAGAAGGUUCUGGUUUUAGUCAUAGAGGGUCAAACGGUAGAAGUGUUGUUUAUCUAUACAGCUCCUUAUUUAUAUCAGCUCCUAUUGAGCUGUGUGUUGGCUUUCACACCUCUGUCUCACUUUUAUACCAGCUACAGUUUUGAUGCCAAUAUAACAUUAACAUGGAAUACAUUUUUAAAAAUCUCUAAAGCAAAUGGUCGCAUCUCAGAACAAUUUUGCUGUUCAUUGUAGCCAAACCUACGUACACACAGCUUUAAAGGAGCCUUGGCAAGAUAAACAAUAAAUAAAUGUUCAUUGAAGUUUAAUCCA